AUGGCCAUCUUAUGGGUGCAGCCUAAUUACUGGAGUACUAUUCUUAGUUUUAUCGCUCAGCAAUAUUUUACGGAUUCACAUGCCACUUGUAUUUUGUGGCAUCCUGCGUUUGAUUUUCGUCUGGAUACGGUUGAACCGCUUCCAUUAAUCAUCUUGGACUCACAGAAAUGGUUUAACCAUUCUGCUGCAAAAGAUGUUUACGAUUACAAGGAAAAGCGAGAUGAGUUUGAAGAGAAGGGAAUCGAAUACAACGACUGGAUUCUAAGGCUGACUGUUGCCAUAGAAAUGUCACACUGUGAGACAUUUUUAGUGUUUCAGGAGCAUAUUCCCGAGUUUGCCAGUGCUUUUUAUCAUGCCAGUAUCUACUCCAUUUGGCGAUCCCUGCAAAAUCGGUUUCUUUUUGUGUACACUGAAGAGCUGGUAGAAGGAAAUGAUGACUAUUUGUGUGGAUAUAUAUUUCAAGAUCAGCCUAAUAUACUAUUAGUUACCUCACAAUAUCUUAAUUCAAGCACUUUUGAUAUUAAAACUAACCGAUUUGUGGGACCGCGAAACUUUGAUACAAAACCGGCACCUGUAGAAUUUGAACUUCUUCAGCGGUACGAUGCCGAAAGCGAUGAGAAUAUUUGGGAUGUUGGGAUGUUGUCCGUUAAGAUGCAAAACCUCAUGGGACGCGAGGUAGUCAUAGGCAUCUUUGACUAUAAACCUUUUAUGUUAUUGGAUUAUGAAAAAACUCCGUUUUAUUAUGAUCGCUCGCAGAACACAACAGAAGUAACAAUCGAUGGAACAGACAUUCGUUUAAUGCUCAUUUUUUGCGAGCUGUACAACUGCACCAUCCAGGUGGACACAUCGGAAACAACUGACUGGGGUGAUAUCUACCCCAAUGCCUCGGGAUAUGGUCUCGUGGGAAUGGUACUCGAUAGACGUAACGACUACGGAGUUGGCGGCAUGUACCUAUGGUACGAGGCAUAUCAGCAUAUGGACAUGACCCAUUUUCUCGGUAGAUCUGGUGUAACCUGCCUAGUUCCCGCUCCGAAUCGCCUGAUCAGCUGGACCCUCCUCCUCCGACCAUUCCAGACCGCCCUCUGGAUGUGCGUCAUGUGCUGUUUGCUGCUCGAGAGCUUGGCCCUAUGUGUGACCCGUCGCUGGGAGCACUCCUCGGAUUGCUGCUCCAAUUCCUGGCUAGACAGUCUUCGUUUCGGUUGCAUUAGUACACUGAAACUCUUCGUGAGCCAGGGCACCAGCUAUGUGACUAGUUCUUAUGCUCUUAGAACUGUGCUGGUGGCCAGCUACAUGAUCGACAUUAUCUUGACCACCGUCUACAGCGGAGGUUUGGCGGCCAUUCUCACUUUACCCACCCUGGAGGAGGCGGCUGAUUCUCGGCAACGCCUCUACGAUCAUAAGCUGAUUUGGACAGGCACUUCGCAGGCCUGGAUUACCACCAUCGACGAGCGGUCAGCGGAUCCAGUCCUCCUUGGAUUGAUGGAGCAUUACCGAGUAUUCGAUGCCGCUUCAAUAGCCGCCUUCUCGCACACGGAGCAAAUGGGAUUUGUAGUGGAACGGAUGCAGUUUGGGCAUUUGGGAAACACCGAGCUUAUCGCAAACGACGCCUUGAAUCGACUGAAGCUCAUGGUGGAUGACAUUUACUUCGCCUUUACGGUGGCUUUUGUGCCUCGUUUGUGGCCCCAUUUAAAUGCCUAUAACGACUUCAUCCUGGCCUGGCACUCCUCGGGCUUUGAUAAGUUCUGGGAGUGGAAAAUCGCCGCCGAUUACAUGAACGCUCACCGUCAAAAUCGCAUUGAGGCCUCCCAGAGACCGAACCUAGAUAUUGGACCCGUUAAACUCGGAAUCGACAACUUUAUUGGCUUAAUCCUGCUUUGGUGCUUCGGCAUGAUCUGCAGCCUCCUUACAUUCGCCAUAGAAUUGUGGAAAGGUCAAGAUCAGUCUGUACUUUAA